AUGAUGCGUCCAUUCAGCACAUUCUUUAACGAUCCCACAAGCGUUUGGUUCGAUUCCUUUUUCCGUGAGGAUCCAUUGCUUAGUUUCAUGACUGAUACUUUACCAUUGGAGAGAACCAGACAAAAGCAGGAUACUCCUAAAGUCUAUGCUCCUUCCACAGAUGUAAGCGAGAAUGAUAAGCGUUUCAAUAUUCUUUGUAACGUUCCAGGAUUGAAGAAGGAGGAUUUGAAGAUUGACUUGGAUGAAGAAAAGGGAAUUCUCACAAUUUCUGGACAUAUUGACAAGGAAAAAGCUGAAGAGAACGAGACUUUCCAUGCUGCUGAGAGAUUCUACGGAGAUAUAAGUAGAAGUUUCAAGCUACCUCCAAAAACUGUGGAUUUCUCUGGAAUUAAGGCAAACUUGGAGAAUGGUGUGUUGAGAGUCUACGUUCCAAAGAAAGAGAAGAUUGAAAAAAAGAAGUCCAUUCAAAUUGAGUAA